AUGAGUGUUGGACGUCGAAGAAUAAAGUUGUUGGGAAUCCUGAUGAUGGUAAAUGUCUUCAUUUAUUUGAUUGUGGAAGUCUCCAAAAGCAGUAGCCAAGAAAAAAAUGGAAAGGGGGAAGUAAUAAUACCUAAAGAAAGGUUCUGGAAGAUAUCUGACCCUCCUCGGGCAUAUUGGAACAAGGAACAAGAAAAGCUGAACAGGAGGUUCAAUCCCAUUUUGAACACGUUAGCCAACCAGACGGGAGAAGCAUACGGAUUCUCCAAUAUAAGCCAUCUGAAUUACUGUGAACCUGACCUGAGGGUCAUGUCAGUAGUUUCAGGUUUUGACAGUUUGCCAGACAGAUUUAAAGAUUUUCUGCUGUAUUUGAGAUGUCGAAAUUAUUCACUGCUUAUAGACCAACCAGAUAAGUGUGCAAAGAAGCCCUUCUUAUUGCUGGCUAUUAAGUCCCUAACUUCACAUUUCGAUAGAAGGCAAGCGAUUCGGGAAUCUUGGGGCAAAGAAACCAAUGUGGGGAACCAAACGGUGGUGCGAGUCUUCUUACUGGGCCAGACUCCCGCAGAAGACAACCAUCCAGACCUUUCAGAUAUGCUGAAAUUUGAGAGUGAGAAGCACCAAGACAUUCUUUUGUGGAACUACAGAGAUACAUUCUUCAACUUGUCUCUGAAAGAAGUACUCUUUCUCAGGUGGGUGAGCACUUCCUGCCCAAAUGCCGAGUUCGUGUUCAAGGGCGAUGAUGAUGUUUUUGUGAACACCCAUCACCUCCUGAAUUACUUGAAUAGCUUAUCCGGGAACAAAGCCAAAGAUUUGUUUAUUGGUGACGUGAUUCAUAAUGCUGGACCUCAUCGGGAUAAGAAACUGAAGUACUACAUCCCGGAAGUUGUUUACACUGGCGUCUACCCGCCUUAUGCAGGAGGAGGUGGAUUCCUCUACUCCGGCCACCUGGCCCUGAGACUGUACAAUGUAACUGACCGGGUCCUUCUCUACCCCAUCGAUGAUGUUUAUACUGGAAUGUGCCUUCAGAAACUUGGCCUCGCUCCAGAGAGACACAAAGGCUUCAGGACAUUUGAUAUAGAAGAGAAAAGCAGGGGUAACAUUUGUUCCUAUGUAGAUUUGAUGUUGGUACAUAGUAGAAAACCUCAAGAGAUGAUUGAUAUUUGGUCUCGGUUGCAGAGUGCUCAUUUAAAAUGCUGA